AUGAAUCCCAAGAAUUCCAAUCAGACUAUGUCUACAGUCACUAGGCCUCCACACCCAAGGAAAGCAAGUUUGCGCCUACGAACUACUAAGGUCUUUGAUCAACAGUUCAGCGAUCUCAGUAAUUCGACCCUCAAGAAACUCCUGGCCCUUUUCAAGCAGAGACUUCGACCUCGCCAAACUCGCCGAAUCCUCAUUCAACGAGUCCUCGAGCUCAGUCAUCUCAUCACUUCCUCAGAACACAACGCAGUCUCAGGCCUCCUAAAGCGAGGCGCACCUCUCACGCAUCGACAAAUAUCAGAAUGGCCGACAUUCCCUAGCUCCUAUACCAAAACCUUCUGUUCUUCUAAGCAUUCACGGGCAGUCUGCAAAAGUUGUGGGUCAGACAACGCGGAAACUCGAAUCCGUGAAGGAAAGCUCGAUCCAAAGUGCAAUGAUGAAUGCUGUAUCUGCGAAGAUUGCAUGCGGAGUUACGUCGCAGCGAGAUUGACUGAUCACAACUAUACCCAUCUUUGGGGAAGGGUGGCUUGUCCGUGUUGUAAUUCUGUCUUAUCGCCGAAUACUGUCAGGUCUUUUCUAUCCCACAGGCUGUUGCAACCGUAUACCGAGUUUGUGUACUCCCAACACCUCCGACAUCUCGAAAAUUUCCGGUGGUGUGCCGAUGACAACUGUCAUUCGGGUCAAAUCCACCACGACGGCGACGAAAAUCCGCAAAUGACUUGUGUCAAAUGCUCCAAGGUAACAUGUUUCACGCACGCCUAUUUCUGGCAUGAAGGAAACAAGAGAGGCGACCAUAACGCGAUGACUUAUGCGAGCUUUUCGUCACCAGAGAAUAUGGCAUCCAGAUCUCAGGAGAUCAUGCAUCGAACUUGCAAAACUUGUCCACGUUGUCGCGCUCCCAUUCAGAAAUAUGAUGGUUGCAAUCUUGUUCACUGUGAAAACUGCAACCAUGAUUUUAAUCAUGAAAAAGCCCUCAGACCCCCAAAGGGUUUGACUCGUUGA